AUGAGAAUCUCCCACGCAAGUGCAGCAGUGCUGCUAAACAGCGCAUUUGCUUUCGCGCAAUCGACAAAUGGCACUGGCGUAAAAUGUCCUUCGGAUUCCAAGUUCGCAUCGAUUUCAGCGGGCACUUUCUUCGCAAAACUGGACCCGGGCUGGAAUGUUGGCAAUACGCUCGAUGCCGUGGAGACCGAAGGUAGCUGGAACAACCCGCCAGUCGUCGGAAGCACAUUUGAUGAUGCGAAAAGAGCUGGCUUCAAGAGCAUUCGAAUCCCCAUCACCUGGGCGUACCACUUCACCUCUCAAGCGCCAGACUGGAUCGUCGAUCCCGUGUGGUUGCAACGUGUAUCAGAUGUCGUGGACAUGGUCACAGACCGCGGAUUGUACGCCAUUGUCAACGUUCACCACGAUUCUUGGACUUGGGCCGAUCUUACAGUAGCGAACACGAAUGUCACGGCUGUUGAAGAGAGGCUUGGGAAACUUUGGGAGCAGAUUGGCAAGAAGCUCGCUUGCAAGAGCGAGAAGGUUGCUUUCGAGACGAUCAAUGAGAUUCCAGGAACUACCGCUGAGCACGGCGCUGAGGUCAACAGGCUAAACGACAUCUUCCUCAAGGCUAUCAAUGAUGCUGGGGGUCACAACCCGAAGCGUGUUGUCACGCUCGUUGGCGCAGGCGAAGAUGGAGCGAAGACGGCGCAGUGGUUUAAGAAGCCUGAUCCGAAGUUCAAGAACCCCUGGGGCAUUCAGUAUCACUACUACUCUCCUUCUAAUCACGCCACAGACGACUAUGUUUUCCAAGCCUGGGGCAAAACCACGUGGGGCUCCGACGCCGAUAAAGCUGCCCUCGAAGCCGACCUCGCCGCCGUCCGCGGAAACUUCACCGAUAUCCCACUCGUAAUAGGCGAAUGGGCUGUAUCACCCGUCGCUACCGAGACAGCAGCGCGCUGGCGAUACUUUGAUUUCUUCCUCCGCACAGCAGCAAAAUACAACACUUCGACCAUUCUCUGGGACAACGGAGCCGACUUCCUUGAUCGCGCGACGCAUGUCUGGCGCGACGAGGUAGCCCUGGAUAUCUACCGCAACGCAGUGAAGGGCAUCCCGAACGCGCUUCCGGAGAGUACUACAGACGGCUCUACAACACAGUCUAGCUCCGCAUAUAUCUACCACCGCAAAAACGAAACCGUAGGAGACGCUACACUAGGCUUCAUGUUCAACGGAAACACACUCAGUAAGAUUAGCAAAGGAAGCAGACAACUAGCCAAAGGCAAAGAUUACACCGUCUCAGGCGAGAAGAUUACCUUCGCAGCUGCAUACCUCAAGUCGAUCAUCACACCUACCUCUCCCACCGGCAGCCUAGCAAACCUGACUUUGACCUUUAACCGCGGUGCUGCUCUCCAAGUCAAUGUCCUUCAGUACACCACACCAACCCUGUCAAGUACCUCCGGUACUUUGCCGGCAGCCGGUCAGGACCUUAUCAUCCCGGUUACAUGGUCUGGCCAGAAUAGGCCUGCGGCCGUCAAGGCUACCAAAGCCGAUGGAACGUAUCUGGUGGACGACUGGACUCAGUACCUUCCUGCGCUACAGCAGGGACGUACGACGUAUGGUAACCAGUGGGACUGGACUGCGCAAGGUGUAGUUAUCAAGGCAGCGGCGCUGGAUGCCGUUAGGGCGGCGGGUCUGGCUACGACGUUCAUGAUUGAGUUUUAUCCCAGGGAGCCGGGGAAUGCGGUGGAGUACACUGUGAACGUUUAA